CUCUGGGGGUGGCAGAGAAUCAAUACCACCUUUGUGCUCAGUGGUUUCCUAGGGAGAGAAGGAGUGGAGUGGGAGUGGCGGCCCAACGGCCCGCCUUGCAGACUCAGGAUGCCCUGGGGCUGGGAGGCAGCAGAAGGACAACAAGGGCUUGGGGAGGAGGGUAUUCUGUGACCCCACCCCCACCCCCAGAGGCCUCCGCCGGGAACGCUAAAUUCGGACUUUCCCCACCCCCACCCCCACUGCAUGUGGCUUUUGGAGAAAGCCGGCUAUAGGCUGGGGCCCCCGGAGUCCAGGCCCCGAUGGGCGCCCUCCAGCCUGCUCCCCAAGCGCCGAGCCCCGGGCCCGCCCGCGCGCGCCUGUCCCAACGUCCUCACUCCCGAUCGCAUCCCGCAGUUCUGCAUCCCGCCGCGGCUCCCGGACGCUGGGGGCCCCGAGCCCCUGGCCGGGCGCAGCCUCCCCGCGGCCUGUUCGCUGCCCCACCUGGCAGGCCGGGAAGGCUGGGCCUUCCUGCCCGAGAGCCCGCACACGCGCCGGCGCGAGUCCCUGUUCCACCCGCUGCCGCCGCCCGCUGCCGCUGCCGCCGCCGCCGCCGCCGGGGGGCUUUCCCCAGCGCACGGCUGGCGGCACGUCUCCGCCCCGGACCUGCGCCUCUGCCGGGCCCCCGACAGCGACACGGCCUCGUCGCCCGAGUCGUCGCCCUUCGGCUCACCGCGGUCACGCCCCGUCAGGCCCCGGCCGCACUCACUGUCCCCGGAGGAAGCGAGCUCGGCCUACACCAGCCCGCACGCGCCGCGCCGCAUGGGGCCGCCGCUCUUCCACCUGGACUUCCUGUGCUGCCAGCUGCGGCCGACCAAGGAGAGCGUGCUGCGCCUCGGGCCCCGCGGCGGCCAGCUGCGGCUCUCGGCCGAAUACCAGGCCGGACCCCGGCGGCUGCGCCUGCGCCUGGUGAGUGCCGAGGGCCUGCCGCGGUCGCGGCCCGGCCCCGGGAGCGGCGGUGGAGGCUGCUGCGUGGUGUUGAGGCUGCGGCCGCGCGUCCGUCCGCGGGGCCAACGGAGCCGCGUGGUCAAAUGCAGCGCCAACCCCAUCUUCAACGAGGACUUCUUCUUCGACGGGCUGGGCCCGCCAGACCUGGCCGCCCGCAGUCUGAGGGCCAAGGUGCUGGACAGGGGCGCAGGCUUCCGCAGAGACCUGCUGCUGGGGGAGUGUGAGACGCCCCUCAUUGCCCUGCUGCCCCCCUUGGGCGGGGGGCUGGGUCUGGGGACCUCCCUGGCGCCUGCCCAUCUCAGCCUGUAGACUGAGAGAAUGUCUCUUCCUCAAAGUGAUCUCCUCUAGGUCUGCGUAUUCUUUCUUUUCGUCUGCCCAGCUUGUAUUUAUUUUUGCUAAUAAAAUGUCUGUUUUUAG